CGGUGGUUUAUAGAUGUGAUGAUGAAAUUUGAUACAGAGAGAUGGGUAUAAAUAAGCUUGUUCAGAGUUCAGAGUAGAAUCAUCAGAUCAGAUCGGACAGAACAAUCAAUCUUCUACCAACAUGUCUCUCACAAACAUUGCUAUCAUCGGCGCCACCGGCAACAUCGGCAAAAUCAUCCUCAACGCUCUCAUAACCUCCAACCUGCCUCUCACCAUCACCCUCCUCACCCGUCACGAACCCCCACCCACCCCAACCUUACCCCCCAACAUCACCCUCACAAUCCAGCAAACCGACUUCUCGUCCUCCCUCAUCGCCGCCUUCACCGGCAAAGACACCAUCAUCUCAGCCGUCGGCGCGACGGCAUUCACCGAGCAGCAGAAAUACAUCGACGCUGCCGUGCAUGCCGGCGUGAAACGGUUCAUCCCGAGCGAGUUUUCGGUGAGUUCGCAGAAUGAAGCGGUGCUGGGGUUGUUGCCGCUGUUUGGGCAGAAGAGGGAGGUGGUUGAGUAUUUGAGGCUCAAGGAGGGGGAGGGGUUGAGUUGGACGGGGAUUGCGUGUUCGGGGUUGUUUGAUUGGGUUUGGUCUGGGAAAUGGAUUCCUCGGCUUCGAUAUCCCCAAUCGCACAGCUGUCAUCUGGGAUGGAGGCGAGAAGAGCUUUACUCUCACCAAUGAGAAGCAACUCGGUCAGGCUGUUGUUUCUGUCCUGCUUCAUCCUGAGCGAACUGCCAACCAGUACCUAUACAUUGCCUCUGUUGAAACGACGCAGAAGGAAAUCCUAUCGUCCCUGGUGAACACCACCAACGCCAAAUGGACUGUGAUCGAAACAACCAGCGAAGCGGAGGUUAGUGGGGGGUUGAAGAAGCUGGGAGAAGGCGACU